CUGGUGAGACUUAUCACUAUCUUUGCAAUUUCCAGUCCGUUUGUUACGUGCUGUCAACAGACACUACUCAUACCAACAUCAGUAAUACAAUGCGACCAUUCCAAAUCAAACUGCUCUAACCAUACCACAUUAAUUGCUCAGCUUAACCCUAUGCAACCUGAACUAUGCAUUCAACUCCAGCAAGGAGGCCACCAAUUGCACUUCAUGCGCAUCUCCUUCAGGAACACUAUACUAUACUUCACAAGAAACACCAUUACGAAAGUUCAAUACCAAAAACGAUGUCCUCACAUGGGCACUUGCACAGGUCUAAAAUGCGCUAAAAUUACCUUUAAUUCACUAGUCGACGAAUUACUCGAUGCUAAUAAUUAUACGGGCAUAACAUACUGCUCUGAAUCCUGUGGCGGUUUAGGCUGCUCUUGCGGCUAUCCGUCAUCAGGAUGUCUUUUUUACAGAAUCUACCAUGUUCCCGUAGACGACAACAUUUACGAAGUCUUCCAAUGCCCAUCAUGGUUGCGAACAAUAUCUUACGCAUGCAGUUCAGAUCCACGUCAUAACCAGACGAUCCAUGACCACACCAACCGUAUAAUCAAAGACACAUGCAACUGCAAUCCGGCGAAAGAUUCCGUUAAUUGCUAUUGUACCAACAAUAAUGUCUCACGAAUAACACAAUCGCAGAAUACGUUUCCUUUGCCAAUACCAGAAGGACUAGUAUCCACACAAGGCCGCAACAACAUACCUACCAUUACUACACGAGCAGUAUCCGUACAAUUAAUGAUUACAUUCAAUCACACCAUAAAAGAAAUCACGCAAGAAAUCCAAAAUUUUCAGUGUAGCAUACUACCCCAACGACUAUUCGGAUGUUAUAACUGUGUCAAGGGUUCAGUAGCAACGCUCUUCUGUAAGUCAGAUUCCAUUCACGCAACUGCUCAAAUCAGCUGCGGACUCCAACAAUUUAUUUUGACUUGUACAAAACAAGGAACGAAACAUGUAGAGCACAAUGUGGAAAACAGACAUCGAUUUUCGACACUCAACUACGUGAACGGAUUCAACGCCAUUAUGGCACUAUGUCCACUCAUGGACAAGAAAUACUUCCACUAG